GUUGCGCAUCGGUCUGACGUUCGCGUGGAGCUGUCGCGAUUUUUGCCUAAUGUCGAUAGUUUAGCCACCUCUGAAAUAAUCAAAAACUGCGUAGAAUAACUUCAGAAACAUUUGCCAAGCCGAUCAUGUAAAAAUCCGGUGCUGGUUGUGUGAAAAUCCGAUUUUUCUCGAGUGAAACACGGUGCCUUGCGUGUGGGAUGUUGGUCGCUGGUUCGGUGUUUUGUUUGUAUCGACGUUUUCCCGUCGACGAGUCGUAAAUCAAAAUUGGAAACCUCUCGCGGGCUCGGCCGAGUGUUGAGUGCAGUGUGGCGAUUGGAUAUCUUUUCCCACGCACGAUUUUCCCAGUGCAUCUGACAACAUGAUCGGAUAAUCUGUCCGAGUCUAGGGGGGUGCGAGGCCUCAAUGGGUGCCGUCUCAAAGGAGUCGCCGCUCUUCCUUUCCCCACGGUGAAGUUUUCCCGUCCUGAAGUGUCCGCGAGUGUGAAAAUUGUAGGGAAAAUAGAUGGUGCAAGCGAGCGAAAGGCCGCGUGUCGAAAGCCAGUGCAUCCACUAGCGAAGGCGGAAAUCUCGGGUGUAGGUGGAAUUUGGAAAAGUGCAGGCGAAGUGGGAGAGUGAGUAAUCGCGGUCGUGCGGGAAGGUCCAGCGUAUCUGACCAUUGAUGCUGGGUGGCUAGAAGCCGCGGAGACUCCGUUUCGUGGUGCAGAAAUCACGUCGUGCGUUUGGCGUGUCGGUGUACGGUGCUUUGUUGGUCGCGACAUUCCUUGCAUUCCCGUUCUACGCACUUUACAAGGCCACCCCAGCGACAAUUAGCCUCUCCUCCGCCCGGAACCCAGCCCUGAAAUCCGAACGUGAAUUGUCAAGCCACGGCCAGCACUUUACCCGACUCGCGCGCAUCCUGAGAGUCCGAGGGGAAUGGAGGAUGCAUCAUUCAGUCGCGAACAACGACGUCAUCAUGAGUGUCUGGCGAUGCGAGGGUUGACCCCCACCGACGUCGGGUCUGUCAUUGUUGUCUCGUGUGAUUUUCUCGCUGACGUUACGGAUCUGCCUCGCCUGUCGUUCGCCUCUAAGUAAGGACGAGCAAGUCCCCGGUCGGGCGGAUCUCCUGACGCCCUAAACAGAACCCCCAAAUCACCAAUCGCCUGCAGCCAGGAAUUCUUCCAAUCUCUCAGAAAAACCAACACAAAAAAUUGGAUGUCGAGGAACUCAUCCAAGCGGAAUCCGUGAAUUUGCAAUUUUUCGUUGCGUCCUCGUGUCUCGCCCCGGCCGCCCUUCCGUGUCCCCACCAUCAGCGAGGAAAUGCAUAUUAUCAUCAGCCGAUAAAUUCGAACGCCAUAUUCAACUAGUAAUGAAGCAAUAAAUACAUAUUCGAAUUUGGAAGGAAGCAAUAUAUAAAACACAAAUCACACCAUGUCACGGUUACCUGAUAAUGAUAACAUACGGAACGACAUUUACGAGAACUUGCCUUGUCAAGCAAUGUUCAAUGAAUCCGUUCGCAAAAUCAAAACUAACGAGUCGAUAGUACUAAACAAUUGCAAUCAAAAUAAGAAAUCCAAUUUACCCAAAGAACUACUCUACGCUGCUCCCCUACGCAAAUCCGAUCGGUACAAAAGCGGUGAACGUAGCCGUUACAAAGUACACAAUGAAGCAACCGAUAAAUCAGAGAAGGUAUACAAUGUUGAGUAUAAGCUAAUAAAUAAGGAUAAUGUAGGAUUGAAAAAUUCAACGAACGGCUCUGCUCCAGGAUUGGGGGUAUCCGCAAUAAAAACCACCACUAAUGGGGGAAUUCCAGUUUGCGAUGCGGGACAAGAAAGCAGCCUAGAAGAUCGUAGAAUAUUGAACUUUUUGAAAGAUACAACUCAAGUUCAAAGGAAAGUUGACAUGGGAAAAGACUGUCCCAAUGCGAGUUUUUCUUGUUUGGCACGGGAAGAGCAUUUCGCUAAUUUAGUACAACAGAAUUUCACAACAGAACCAAGUGCUAGUAACAGUCAGACAGUCAACACAGACUCAGAUUCAGGUAUAGCAUCAGGUAUAAACAAAAAUUACCUGGAUGAUCCUGAACAACCAAGAGAUAACCUUGAAUCCACAGAGAACCUAGAGGAGUACAUGGAUAAGAAACAAUCCCCAGACAAAGAAGUCAAUGGGUUUGUCGGGUCUCCAUUAAGCCACCAAUUUCGUACUGCAAACGUUUAUAUAAACCGAGAGUGGGCACUCAAAAAGAUUGCUCUAUGCCUAGAACAACGAACUACUGGAAAGAAACCAAUCCCCGGAAUAGCUGGUUCUUCGAAAAUAACAGAUGAAGCAGCAGCCUCUAGCUCUGCCUUUGUGAGUAGAGCGGGUGGAUCACAAACUAACGCAAGCUCAUCCUAUCAUGGCUGUUUGAUUCUCGGUUCAAAUGGAUCCGGGAAAACAUCGAUAUGCCAAAGCAUCAUGAACGGCAAUUCUGGAACACGGGGCCUUCUCAAUCGAAAACUGCUUAGUUGCUAUUUUGUGAACUCACAGAAUCCGGAUUGUCAUAGUUUAAGUUUGUUUAUUCGAAGUAUUGUAUUACAGAUACUAAGCCAUUCGAGCCUAAUUACAAAAGAGAAGCUAGACAGCAUUAUGGACGGCAAAGAAAACGGAAUGGGAGAGAAUCCAGAAACUGAAAGUCAAACUAAUGUGCACGAAAAUAUUGAAGAAUUGUUGAUAGCCGAACUGACACUGGACGAUAAACCUGAUGCCGAACAAGGUGCAGCUGCCAGCAGCAAGAAAUCAAUCAUUCGGCAGAAAUCAGCUCCAUCCCCAGAGAAGCAAUGUUCGGAUUCAGAUGCUGUAAUGAAGAACGCUUAUUCGACGCACCCACCCGCUUCAUCAAAAUCUUCUACGGAGAAAAACAAAAACGCCAAUGAUGGUGAAUGUACUGAAAAACAAAAGCCACAAGAAGACGGCCAAGAUUGUUCCUCGAAUGUUGAGAACAGUGACAGUUCUAGUAAGCCUAAAUCAAGUCCUAGUAAAAAAUCAAAAAUCCCUGUUGCCAUCAGUAAUAGAGUUCCUAAAAGCAAUAAUGCAAUUCAACAAGGGGGCGGUGAAGAUAUUGCUGAUGUUAUGGGUGAUGAGCUGAAAAAUGCUAUUGAAGCCGAAAUCAAUGACGAUUCAUGCAUUCCAGAAGUGGAAGGAACGAUUCAAGAGCCGCUAAGUGCUGAUACGAAAGACCUAGCGCCAAUAAUACCUUCAGCUCCUUCGCAAGAUCUCUUACAAUUUUCACCAAAAUCUCCAAAAGCUUUAGGACCGAAUAUAAUUCCUCCACCUUUACCAAAAUCUAAAAGCUGUCGAACUGUAAUAGCUGACGGAUUCUACGAGAUGAUUCUCAGUAAUCCUGAAAUAUUUGAAUGCCUAAACGUGGAUAAUAUCGAGAAAAAUCCAGAUGAAUGCUUCAAAAAGGCAUUAUUGUUCCCAUUAUUGGAACUCACUCCACCUCGCAACGCGUUGCUUUUGUUGAUCGAUUCGAUUGAUGAAAAUUAUAUUAACGAAGGUAAUCUUAUUUCCACACUGAAAGGACGUUGUUCAGCUCAAAAAAGUCGAAACAUCGCUGAGUUGCUAUCAAAUCACAUACAUCUGUUUCCGAAAUGGCUUUUCUUGGUAGCUACAACUAAAAAGCAGAAUAAACACAUCACUAAAAUGUUCUCAGGAUUCAAGAAGAUUACUCUGGAUGACUUGAGAAAGAGUCACGUCGUAAAGGACGUCCAGGAGUAUAUCAUAAAUAGAUUGAAUUCAGACUUCAAAGGAACAAUCAAUUUGACUAAGGAGAUUAUUGAAAGUCUACAUCAGUUAUACAUAAAAUCGAACGGAUGCAUUCUUUAUCUAGAGAAAGUGUUGGACGGGAUCAAGGAUAAUUUCUUCUCCUUUAGGGAGAUAAAGCUUAUCCCCUGUACCUUGAAUGGACUGUAUCUGUAUAUUUGUCAGAAAUCGUUCAAUAAGAAACAAUAUUCGAAAAUUCGUCCAAUUCUCAAUAUACUUCUGGCUUCGACUGGUCUCGUUGACAAGUUAUUCGUGUUCAACUGCUUAAGGACUCAUAACUACACCAUUGACAUUGAAGAAUUCGAAAAACGUCUAGACUUGAUGCGAAACAUUCUUACCUUCUAUCAGAGCGGAGAGAAAAUGAAAAUUUUUCACAAUUCAUUCGCUGAUUGGCUAGUCGACGUGAAAUUCUCAACUAAAAAGUUCUUGUGUGAUGUCAACGAAGGACACGUCAUGAUUUCUAUGUUCUACACACUCGUUAGUGAAACUUUGUGCCCCAAUAGCGUUCGUCGAUUCGUCUAUCAUUUGAUAAAAUCGGGAGAAUAUUUGGUUAGCAAAAGCAUUAAUCUGGACCUCAUGCUUUUACUAUUGGAGUCGCGAGUAAACUUGAAUGACUGCUUCUAUACGAACUUGUUGAACUGCUGUUCGGUUUGCGAGGAAGAAUUCAAAAGCAAUGAAAAUUUCUUAGUCAAAACCCGAAAUAUGAUUGAGAGAUUUUUAAUGAAUGAACUCAACGACGAGUUUUCGACGUUCUUGUGUGAUUUCUUCAAGCCGAACCUGCCGACCGAUGCAAAAACUUUGAAACUGCUCAUUGAAACCGGAAUAAAUAAUGCUGAAAGCCAGCCAUCCUGUGAUUCAUCCUUAAAUUCACCUGAAUUUUCCGAAAAAUCACAAAACAUCGAUUGCGAACUCGCUGACCUUCUUAUUUCAACUGAAAAGAGUUGUCAGCAAGAAAUUCAACGACCGAAAAGCUCGUCAGAUAGAAGCGAGCCACAACAGCCCACAGAUAGUAUUCAAGAUGAAAUAGCUCUGCAUCAGAUAUCCGAGUCACAUCGCAUUGAAAUGCACAAAGGCAAAGCACUCGUCCACAUUCUAGCAAAUGAAGGAAAUCAUGUCCUCCUUGAACGUGCUUUGAAUGCAUGCAAAGGGCCUAUCGAUCUCGAAAUCGAGGAUUACAAUGGACAAACAGCUUUGAAUAUUGCAGCUCGUAAUGGACACUUGGAUGUUGUCAAGCUGCUUCUUAGUUUCCAACAGCCAGCAUCCGAUGGAAGCGGUCGGAUUCUGUGUGUUGAUGUUAACCACGCUGAUCGCGAUGGAUGGACUCCGCUUCGGUCAGCUUCCUGGGGAGGUCAUACCGAUGUCGUGAAGCUUUUGAUUGCUCAUCAAGGGUGUAUGAUUGAUCUUGCCGACAAAGAAGGACGUACCGCGUUAAGAGCUGCUGCCUGGAGCGGACAUGAAGACAUUUUGAAAAUCCUAAUUGAAGCUGGAGCUGAUGUGAACUCAGUUGACAGACAAGGAAGGACUUCCCUCAUUGCCGCUUCAUAUAUGGGACACUACGAUAUAGUUGAAAUCCUUUUGGAAAACGGAGCAAACGUAAAUCAUCUAGAUUUAGAUGGAAGAAGUGCUCUCUGUGUGGCUGCUCUAUGCGGCUCUUCAGGAUAUAGUAAAGUUAUCUCAACGCUCCUCGAACAUGGUGCCAAUACUGAUCAGCUUGAUAACGACGGCAUGUCGCCCUUGUUGGUCAGCUCUUUCGAAGGCAAUUCUGAAAUCUGCGAGCUUCUUUUAGAAAACGGUGCAGACCCUGAUCUCGCUGACUUCAUGGGAAGAACCCCAUUGUGGGCUGCAUGCACUGCCGGACAUGCAUCUGUUGUGAAGCUUCUCUUAUUUUGGGGAUGUGGCAUCGAUUGCAUGGAUUCUGAGGGACGAACUGUCUUAAGCAUCGCAGCAGCACAAGGAAACGUUGAAACCGUCCGACAACUGCUUGACCGCGGGCUUGAUGAAACGCAUCGCGACAAUGUUGGGUGGACUCCUCUUCACUACUCAGCUUUUGAAGGAUUCCAUGAAGUGUGCGUGCAACUUCUUGAGUCUGGUGCGAAAAUCGAUGAAUGCGAUAAUGAAGGAAAGACUGCCCUGCAUCUAGCCGCUCAAGAAGGACGACAGGCGUGUGUACAGGCUUUGCUGGAAAUCCAUAAUGCAUUUGUUGAUCAAAAGGCUCAUGAUGGAAAAACAGCGUUUCGAUUAGCUUGUCUAGAAGGCCACAUCGAUUGUAUCCAAACCCUUUUGAAAUUCGGCUGUGAUGUUAAUUGUAAGGAUGCAGACUCGAGAACUACACUCUACAUUUUGGCGCUUGAAAAUAAAUUAGAAAUCGUUAAGUACCUGCUCGAUGUAACAGAUAUCGAUGUUAACAUUCCAGACAGUGAGGGUAGGACAGCGUUGCAUGUCGCUGCUUGGCAAGGUCAUACAGAUAUGGUUAAGCUUCUGGUUACAUUAGGAAAUGCUGAUGUAAAUGCUAUGGAUCUCGAAUGUAGAACGCCUCUUCACUCUUGUGCAUGGCAGGGUAACAAUGAAGUUAUGGAAAUUCUCCUGUACUUCGGAGCUAUACCGGAUCAUGCAUGCAAACAAGGUGCUACAGCACUAGGAAUCUCUGCUCAGGAAGGCCAUGAAAAGUGCGUUUCAAUCCUUUUAAAAUACGGAGCGAACCCUUACAAAUCUGAUCAUUGUGGUCGGACCCCUAUGAAACUAGCUGCGAAAUCAAGUCGUAAUAACAUUCUCAAAAUCUUCGACUCGUAUACGAAAACAGAUGAAUCAAAUAUUGAACCCAGGCUACAUCCAAACCUACUUCGAUCACCUGAUAAUCCGCCCGAAAGGUCACCAGGCUUCCUGAUGGCCCAACCACCACAUCAGACGAAUCAUUUGGGACCGAAUAACAACAUACCGCCGAGUGUUUUGAAUGCAUCGAAUUCGACACAUAGUAGCAACUUCUACGAGAAUACAAUGCAAUCGGAUAAUAGCAGCUUACAGAAAAGGAAAAGUAUUAUUUCUAGUCAGUCUACCGGUAGUAGCAAUGAGGCGCCGCUAUCGUUUACGCAACAACUCCAGCGUCAUACAAAGUUGAAUUCACGCAAUAAUCCGUUUGUGCAAGCAUCUCCGGUUGUUACAAAUAAACGCUCAAAAGGACACCAUAAGCAUUCUCAAAUGCUACCUGAUUUGGAUGAAUAUCAGAUAAAUUUAGCCUCAAAUGCGACAACGAACGAAGCCGAUAUGUUUGAUAUGGAAUGCAUGUCACCACUAUAUGCCACACCACCUCAUUCGCCUAGUAGUGAAUUGAGUUCACCUGGACAAUUGCCCUCGCACCUCACCUUUGAGGAAAUUGGCGGCGUAAGCGGAUACACAUCGAAACCGAUAGCGAAUGCUGAUCAUCACUUUGCUCGUGACACUCACAUGCGAAUAAUUCUUGGAAAUAACAAAGAAAGCAAUCAUUCAAGUAAAUCAAAACGAAGUGGCAUUGCAACCAAUCCGGCCGUACGAAUGAUUCGUAGCCGUUUCGAUUCGGCAGCACAAUUGAUCCGACGUACAAACAACAUUCUCAAUAUAACAUCGAAUAGCAAUCAGGGAUCGUCGAGUAUUGGUGUUAAAUCGGGAACGUUUCAGUGGCGAAAAGAAAGUCAAAUGUAAUCUCUACAAAUAUUUAUGAUAAUAUAUUGAGGAAAUUAAGAGAAAAAAAUCAAAGCGGGAAUAUAUAUUUAUUAACCUAAUUAGCGUAAUAGUAGCAAAGAAAAUACUAGCGAUAACUCUUGUUUGCCUAAAUAAUUAAUUUAUUCUACAUACUAAACGUAUAAACAUAUUUAUUUCAUUUGUACUUUAUCGCAAAAAAGCAUUAGCUUCUCCUUAUGCGUUCGAAUAAAAUUGUGUUUUGUUUUAUCUUCACUGGUAACAGUUUCGAUCAAUAAUAUCUUAUGUGAUAAUAGUAUAUUUAAUCCUAUUUUUCUUUUUUGUUUUUAUAUUUUUCAUUUAUUUUUUAGUGGUAAGUAAGAAAUUUUUGCGUGUUUCUGAAGUGAUUUUACAGUAGUAUUUUUUUAAUCAUGAAAGCAUUCAUAUAUUGAUAAAAAUAAGGCUGCAAUUUAUUUAGUCUAUGUUAAUCUCAUGGCAAAUACAAGUUUUUCAUAACUGAUUAUACUCAUUGACGCUCCUUUUCAUUAUUGAAAGCCCAUUGAAGGCGUUUUUGAAAUAUUUUUACUUAAUUAAAAAUUCAUCUGUUUAUAAUCUACCACAUUAAAAAAAUAAUCUCCCUAUUAACGACGAUGGUUUUAGAAACUUAUGUUUCGUACUCUAUCCUCUUCGUUCACAUGAUCCACCCAUACUCGCUUACAUAUUGAUUCUUUUUCGCUAUUAUUUUUUUACCUUUGUAACUCCUCUAAAUAUCAAUCAAAUGAACUGAAAAGUUGCAGACACUCGUGACCAAAUUAACAUCCAAAGUACAUGGAUGUAUCCAAAUCGGAAAGACAAUCCUUAAUACAAAAAUUUUCGGCUAAGUCUCACUAGCAGUGAAGACGAUGAAUAAUUCCUUGUCCAUCCGCAGCUCCAUUGCAGUAUGUCUUGUCCCAAAUUACAGGCUUCUGCAAACAAUUUGGCACUGGAUCCCAGAUUACAUUUUCCUAUAUGCUUUUGAAAUAGGUGGAGCAUCUUUAUACAUUCUCAACGAGAAUUAGAAAGUCGGCAAAGUUUGGAAUCUCAUAUAAAAUAUCCUGUAAGCAAGCACAUUGAUAUACCCUUCCACUAUGUAUAUUCCUUUGUACAAUGAAUGCUGAGUUGUGCAUAUUAACCCCAAUUAAUUUUCAUAACAGAUAUUAAAUAAGUUGCAGCCACCCUAUUAUAAGAACGAAAAACCACAACAAAUAACCUUCACGUUAUUAACAGAGGCCUAUAAUAAACCAACAAAAACAUUAAAUUUCAGAAAAAUACGUAAAACCUAACAAUUAAAAACUUUAUCUGCAGAAAAAAGUCUGGAAACAAAAAAACUAGUAGAUGCAAAUAUCUAAAUGUAGUAAUGAUAAUAAAUUAUUAUUUAUUUCGCAAAUUCUGUAGAAAUGAAUUCUUCUCACUUCAUAAAUAGUUGGAGCUGCACACACAAACAAAUUAUUUGAAAACCGUCAAAGAGAAUAUAGUAUGUUCAAAGAAAAACUUAUAUCUAAUGUGGAGAAAACUCUGAAACACGAAUAAGAGAUGCAAUGAAACUAUUUAGCGGAUUAAAUACAAGAAUGGCCUAAUGUGGCGUCGUAUUUGCAUAAACGAAUGUGAAAAUGAGAAUAAAAAAAUGUACAAAGAAA